CCCGCCCAUUUCAUCAGCUACAGUAGCCGCUAGAUUUAGACCGCACAUUGAUAGAAAAAUCCGGUGAAGCUUCCUGCAUACUCUUUUAGAUGUACGGAUAGAUAGCGUAUACUGGACAGCAGAUCACUCCCGUGAUAAGAGAAAGAGUAUGGGAGAAGCUAAGCCGCUGGGUUUUUCCGUCAGAUCCAUCUGAUAAAAGAGACUUCUUGCGUACACAUCUAGAGAGAGAGAGUAUGGAGAAUGCUUUCUGUCAGAUCCACCUGUUCUUGCUUCUCUUUCUCCGCAGCAGCUUCACCGUCUCUGACCAGACAACCGGUAAGCCAUGCGCUGUCUCACUUCUCAAGCUGGAGGUCGAUGAUCGCCGUCUAAUUCCAAUUUGCACAUCACCGUAGCGGGAGAGAGAGCACACCGCCGUGGGUGCAGAUCUGACACCCGACCAUUACAUUUGAAUGCCCUAAUUGGAAGAUGGUGGGUGAAGUUUACAGAAGAUGGGGAAUAUUCAUGGUGGCUUUCAAAUUUAUUCCUUUGGACAAAGGUUUUCAGCUCCCUCUUCUUCUCUAUUUUCACCCUUAAAUUUUAUAUUUUUUAAUUUUGUUCAAUACUUGAAAUCAAAUGAAGUUAAUUUAUUAUAGAUUUAUAUAUUAAUGUAAUGUGUCUAUUAUAAUUCCAAAACCUAAUAUAUUGGUGGAAAGUCCAACUGCUUUGGGUUUGUUAAUUUUGAGAAUACUGAUGCUGUUGCUAAAGCUAUUGAAGCUAUAAGUGAAAAGAAUUUGAUGAUAAAGAGUAGUAUGUUGGGAAAGCUCAGACAAAAUCUAAAAGAAAGCAAGAGCUGAAAAGUAAGUUUGAUUAGAGUACAAAGGGAACUGUGUAUAAACAUCAAGGAUUAAAUUUAUAUGUCAAGAAUGUUGAUGAUAGUAUUGAUGAUGACUAGCUAAGGGAAUUGUUUGUAGGGUUUGGUAUAAUAAGAUCUUGCAACAUAUAUUACAAUCAACACUAAGUUCUGCUAAGAUACUUUUGUGUUACUCGAAUCUUGACAUAACAUUUCAGUAUUUGUUCCUGAGUUUGAGUUAUGCAUAAUUCAAGUGGAAUUAGCAAAGGGUCUAGAUUUGUAUUAUUCUCAACUCCUUUAUAAGCGUUUAGAGCUGUAUGUUACUAUUAUUUUUUAUAUAAUACUAAUUGACUCUAUUUGUUUAGCUAUUCUUCAUCGUAGAGAGCAGGAUCUGAUCCAUGCAUUUCGAUUAUUAUAGCUUUUUGAUUUGAAUGGGAAAGUGGUGGUGUCCAAACUACUCUAUGUUGCUCUUGCUUAACGAAAAGAGGAGAGGCAAGCAAGAUUGCAGCAAAAAUAUGCACCUGUAGUUGGUGAAAACUUCCUUCAUGGUCCCCAAAAUCAGUAGCCUUUGCAAUAUAUCUCCUCUCAGAUUCAUAAUGGGAUAAGGUUGGAUCCUAAUGAACAAAAGAAUGGGUUUCGGGUAUUCUCUUUGAAAUAAAGAACCUGAAAAUUUUCAGUUUUUGUAGGAUUUUUGGAUCCUGUUGCUACCUGCUGUAAACUCUUCAUCAGGGAUCGAAUCCCAAUGAAUGAUGAUAGGGGAAAUUACUUCUCCUGCUGAGUAUUCACCUUUGAACAUUCUAGAGCAGGCGAGCAACUCAAACGAGAAAGUAACAAACUCCAGUGCUAAUACUACUUUACCCGAAUCCAUGGUUUCUAUGGGCCAGAAAAAUGCAUAUCCUGUUAACCAUGUUAACCAUGCUGAACCUAUUCUAUCUUUCUAUAUAUAAUGCAGCUAUAGUUGCUUAAUAUGUAGAAAAAAUAUGCAGCUAUAGUUGCUUAUUUGGAGUGAUAGAUCUAUCAAAAUCGUUGCACCAAUGCUCUUUCCAUCGCUUCUUAGUCAGUUUUUGUGCUCGGAAGGGCCACAAGAAAAUCUACACAGAUGGUCGAGACCAAAUUUUGGCAAAUUCAAAUCGGUGAGAUGAAGAAGCGGAGUAAAUGUUAGACCUUAUGGGGCAUAGGGGCAACAAGGUAGUUUUCUUCAUGUACUACACUAGAAUUUGAAUAAAUGUUUGACCUUUGUCAUUGUACUUAUAAUCAAGUUUUCUUUAUGUACUACACUAAAAGUUGAAUAAAAGUUUGAAAAAAUUUUUAUGCAUUGG